AUGCCCUGUUAUCCAACUCCCUACCCCUCUAUGGAGUGCCACGGAAGCUGCUGCCAACUGAACGACCAGUGGGGCGGACCGAUGCCCUGCCCGCAGUCCCACUGCAUGUUAGCCAACCGACACCAGAGUAGUGACCAGUGCUGCCAAAACUACCUCUGCGAGUGCAACCAAGCAGCCUCGUACCGCGAACAGGAACCGCCCCGUCUGCCAACGCAGUAUGUUUCAGAGGCAACCGCACACCCGAAAAGUCCAUUUACCGCAGAAGACGAUCAAAGCGGCAAAUUCUGUCCAGCCUGCGCCGGACUAGCCGCGGCUGCAGCCACAAGUGACUUUGGGUGCAACCAACUGCGUCGCAUCGGUUCGCAGUCUAACGAUCUUGACGCAGCUCUGGUGGACGUUUGGGCCUCAGCGGCAACCGCUACGACGGCUGAUCAACAACAACAACAGCAGCAGCAUCAUCAUCCCCAUUCGCACCAUCAUCACCACCACCACCAGCAGCAGCACAAUCACACUUCUGGCGUCAACCAGCGUCGGAGAGAAUUGGCCUUCUCGGAGCAGAAUCGACCUAGAAACAGGGUUGGCGACUGCCCAUCGGGUGGUGGCGGUGGAAACGGUGCUGUUGGUGGGGGCAGUGGGCGGCGCGCGCCGAGCUCUCCAACAGCAAAUCUGGAGGAGUUACUGGUCGGGUGCAUCAACCAACCGUCGCAAAGCAACGCGGAGCUCAGGGGCCUUGGAGGUCAUUCUCGUGGUUUUUCUGCUGACCGGCAUCGGCGGUCAGACUCGAAGAGUGAACUCUUCUACUGUGAUGCCUCGGAGACGGAACCAUGUCAGCAGUGCGACGCGGAAGCCGCCGCCGCCGCCAUGUGUGACCGCGAAACAGGAGGCGGUGGUGGUAGUGGCUGUUGCCCGAACAAUCAGGGGACAAAAUUCGGCACAAACAGCGGCAAACCGGACAUACGAGUCCUCCGUAGGGUGGCUACGGUCUCACGAGACAUCGCCGAAAUCGUUCGCGGAAUCCGGUACUUCCAGAAAAAAAACGAGAACAAAGAAAGACUCAACAAAAUUGUAAAUGAAUGGCGUGCCGUGGGAAGCGUACUGGACCGGCUUUUCUUCAUUUGCUACCUUUUUGCUAUCAGCAUUUCGAUAAUCCUGUACUUCCCGAGAGCUGCAGAUAGCCUUUAG